CUAGGCUACUACGUGUUCCGACUGGUGCUUUAACUUACAAGCAUCUCGGGGAGAGGAGGAGAAAAAAAAGAAAAGAGAAGAGGACUUUCCCCCGGCUCUUAUCUGGAGGAAUAAAACAGCUCCAGCCGUCGAGAAGUUGUUCCUCUAACUUGAAACUCUUCUGGACAUCUUCCCUCGGAGAGAAAACUACUUUCCUCCGUGUUCUCCGACUUGGAUUAAGUUGUGCAUGGAAACAAAUGAUAUCUGAGAGGAGCGAAGGAGGAGGUGGGUGUCGGGUACUAAGCCUGUGUUUCUCUUCUUCUUGUUCUUUUAUGCAUGGAGCUCACAAACACAUACAAACCUCUUUGAUUCUGUCAAAACUGGACAAAUAGAGUCUCCAACCAGAGUUUCUGUUGUUGCCAAAAGCGUGAUCUAAUCUCAUUCAAGCUCCAGAGAGGCUUUUUUUAAAAGAGAUUGAUUGAAAAAAAACUCUUGCAGCAACAAAGGCAGGAAACAGACUUUUUAAAUUAUGGCGUUAAAGGCCAAAGUGUUGUACGACUUCCACUCGGAGAACCCCGGAGAGAUCUCCAUAAGUGAGAACGAGCUGGUGACCCUGUUCAGCGAGGAGGAGCUGGAGGGCUGGCUGGAGGGGGAGAACAGCAGGGGGGAGGCCGGCCUCUUCCCCGCCUCCUACGUGGAGAUCCUCAAGGACCACAUCACCUCCAGCACCAACAACAACGGGCUCUCCUCGCCCAAAACCAAAGCCCAGACCCCCUCCUACGCCUCCUCGGAGCCCCAGAGGGGCCUCGGGGCGGGGAGCGGCGGGAGCGCCGGCGGGAGCUUCCACACCAGUCAGGGCAGCGACGACGACUGGGACGACGACUGGGACGAUGCGUCUCCUGCAGGAGACGCUCCUCAGGGUCUGGGCAGCUCGCCCCCCUUGUACCCGGUGACCACGUCGUUGCCGGGGCGACGGGAGAGCUCCCAGCAGCACCAGCAGCAGCAGCAGCAGCAGGCCAAGAGUUCUUCGGCCACGGUGGGGAGGAACCUCAACAGGUUCUCCACCUUCGUCAAGUCCGGGGGCGAGGCCUUCCUGCUGGGCGAGGCGUCCGCCUUCGUGAAGGACGGGGACCGGAUCUGCGUGGUGAUGGGGAAGCACGGGCCCGAGUGGCAGGAGGACCCGUACCCCUUCACCUGCACCAUCGACGACCCCACCAAGCAGACCAAGUUCAAAGGCAUGAAGAGCUACAUGUCCUACGGCCUGACGCCCACACACACCAACAUACAAGUCAACCGCAGGUAUAAGCACUUCGACUGGCUGUACGCUCGUCUGGUGGAGCGUUUCCCCGUCAUCUCGGUGCCUCACCUGCCGGAGAAACAGGCCACGGGCCGGUUCGAGGAGGACUUCAUCUCCAAGAGGAGGAAGGGUCUGAUCUGGUGGAUGAACCACAUGACCAGCCACCCCGUUCUGGCUCGCUGCGACGUGUUCCAGCAUUUCCUAACGUGCGGAGCGGACGAGAAGGCCUGGAAACAAGGAAAGAGGAAGGCAGAGAGGGACGAGCUGGUCGGGUCCAACUUCUUCCUCACAAUCAGCACGCCUGCGGUGCCGUUGGACCUGCAGGAAGUGGAGAGCAAGAUAGAAGGCUUCAAGACCUUCACCAAGAGGAUGGACGAGAACAUCGUGGUGGUCAACGCCACCAUCAACGAGUUCGCUCGCAAGCAGAUGGCGGGUUUCAAGAAGGAGUACCAGAAGGUGGGCCAGGCCUUCAGCAUCCUGGGGCAGGCCUUCGAGCUGGACCAGCAGGUCUACUCCGCGGGCCUGAACAAGGCCAUCGCCUACACCGGAGAGGCCUACGAGGCGGUGGGGGAGUACUUCGCGGAGCAGCCCAGACAGGACCUGGCGCCCAUCUCUGACCUGCUGGACCUCUACAGAGGACACCUGGCCAACUUCCCCGACAUCAUCCAUGUGCAGAAAGGUGCUCUGACGAAGGUGAAAGACUGUCCGAAGCAGGAAGGCGAGCUCCACGACCGCUGCAACAUCAUUUCCUGCGCCACGCUGGCCGAGAUCCAGCACUUCCACCGCACACGCGUACGGGACUUCCGCUCCCAGAUGCAGCACCACCUCCGGGAGCAGAUCGGCUUCUUCAAGAAGAUCACCGCCAAGCUGGAGGACGCCCUGCAGCAGUACGACGAGUAGAUGACCGGUGGAAAGAAAAGAGACGGAGAGAUCAGAGAAGCUGGACUACACAAGGCCUCGAGGAAAUCAAAAAAGGGGGAAAAAAACGGAAAUGAUUGAUGGCUUCUUCCUCCUUCUUCAGUAAUAAAGAACAUCUUAUCAUCCUUUAAGAGAGAAAACUUUCUUUUUUAAGUGGUGGAUCGUGGUCUUUGUACAAGCAUUGAAAUUGAAAGAAAUAAACCACUCUUUAAAUAAAAAAAACAGGCCAUUGGACUGUGGAAUGACAGCUUGUUGGAUUAUCUGGACGCUCUGAUGAAUGUAACAGUAAGAGGGGUUUUGCUGACGCUCCAGGCACAUCUUGCAACUCAGCAGGACUGCAACAGAUAUUAAAAACAGCUGCUCUCAAAGUGCCGGGGCUGCCUCUCGCUCCAUUUCCCGGUUUUCAGGGUCACGUGAUCUCCUCUCCACGCCUCCUCCACUUCAUGGAAACCCUCCGUCCGGUCCCGGGACACGGAAACUCAACACGAAACUCCCCAAAAUCACUUUAACUGGAUGUUUUCAAUAGACUUCAUGAGUUUAAUCAUUUGGCCAAACAUCCGUUUUCCUCCGCUUAUCCUGGGGCCGGGGCCGGGUCGCGGGGGCUGCAGGCUAAGCAGAGCAUUCCAGAUGUUAAUCAUUUGUGUUGUCUCUAUAUUAUGUGUCUGUUUUUACUUGAAUGACCUGUUCAGUAUUGCUUGUUGGGACAUGACAGUAUGAAAGUGAUUGUUUGUGACUGUGGAAAGACAAAAAGUUUGCGAAAUCGUCUCCGUUGAAUGAGUUUAUAGUCGUUGGAUUUCACUGCAGAUUGAAAUUUGACCUAUUUCUGGUGUCUAACAUCUCUCACAAUUUGGAUGCUAUCACAUCUUUACUAGCAAUAUUAUAAUUUGAUGCCUGUGUUGUUCUGUAUUUUAGUGUAUGUGCUGCCAGACCUUAAAUAAUAAUUGAUUUCUCUUUUUUUUGCUGCUGCACACUGUAAAAAAAGGGUGUAUAAAAACCAGAUAAAACAGUAAAUCUGAGGGAAAUGAUCUUGCUGCAUGGACAGAUAAUUUACCUUGACAAGAUUUAUUAAAUUAAGAUUAUUAAAUCUAGAAAUAAGCAUGUUGAACACUUAAAAUAAGAAAUUAACUCUUA